GACACAUGCCAAGCAUCACACUGCUGAAGCUAUUGAAACUUACUACCAAAGGUACCUGAAUGGGGUGGUGAAAAAUGCAGCUGCCCCUGUAUUACUGGAGUUGGCCAAUGAGGUGGACUUUGCCCCAUCAUUGAUGGCUCGUAUUGUGUUAGAAAGAUUUCUACAGGAAAAAGAACAAGCCAUCCCCUCCAAAACUCUCAUAAAUAGUAUGCUACGGGACCCUUCUCAGAUUCCAGAUGGAGUUCUAGCAAAUCAAGUCUAUCAGUGUACUGUGAACGACUGUUGUUAUGGACCACUGGUGGACUGCAUCAAACAUGCGAUUGGGCAUGAGCAUGAAGUCUUGCUACGAGAAAUGCUUUUGGAAAAAAAUCUCUCUUUCAUAGCUGAAGAUCAGCUCCGUGCAAAGGGUUAUGACAAAACACCAGACUUUAUUUUAGAAGUGCCAGUAGCUGUUGAAGGACACAUAAUUCACUGGAUUGAAAGCAAAGCCUCAUUCGGUGAUGAAAGUAGCCACCAAGCCUACUUGCAGGACCAGUUUUGGAGCUACUGGAACAGAUUUGGCCCUGGAUUAGUCAUCUACUGGUACGGAUUUAUUGAAGAGCUGGACUGUCAUCGUGAACGUGGUAUCCUGCUAAAAGACUGCUUUCCUACUGACAUUGUGACUCUGCGACACAGCAUGGCCCAACGGUGAUGUUGGGAAGAAGAGGGAAUCUAUACCUAGGAAUUUUUGUCUUAACUGACUUUAAGGAAGGAAUCUGUCUUGACCCCUGUAGGUACUGCAACAGACAAUUUGCUGGCGUACUGAAGUCUGAAGGAGCAAUGUGCAGGAGUUCUCUAUGAGGGUUAUUUCUGAAGAUUACCAUCCUGAUGUUGAAGAAGGGGAGUGAAAAAAAGAUAAAACGGUGCUUCAUAAUGGAUCGGUUCCACAAGACAAAUAAAGCACACGAAUGGACAAAAGUUUCGUGCGUACUUAUGUGUUCUUGUAAGAGCAUUAUUUUUUGCUUGUUGGAACCACCAAUAUCAGAGGUACAUUGAGGUGGGCAUUAGCCCUCCUUGAAAUGUUGAGGAGUUCAAUCUCAUUCUAUUUCCAUGCUCCUCGCCACUCAGAGGAAGGGGCCUCAGAUUUGUGCUCCGUUACAGGUUUCUUAGUGCUAGCAGUUUACUGGGCUUGACACUCUUUAAUACUCUUUUCUUUGCUAACUGGCAUUCAGGAAAGGACAAAAUAUUUUUUAAAGUCAAUGAGGGUUUUGCAUGUAUGCUCACCAUGUUCAGAUUUUCAGAGAAGCAGAGGUAUGGAUUCUGUUGUAGAAUUAAAGGUGUGAUAACAGUCUCCCUAAAGCACAAGUUGAUAACCUCUUCCAUAAGGAAAGGGUCUUUAAAAUGUUAUAGUGCAUAUUCACCAUCUUUUUUUAGUUGAGGUGAUACUUUGUGUGCCUGUAUGAUUUCAAAAAUCACAUGCAGACUUUUUACAGUUUUGCCUUGAGUUAAAAGGGUAUUAAUCCCAUUCAGGUUUUUUUCAGCUGUAGUUUUCAGACGCAUAUGCAGUUUUUUGUUUUUUUUUUUUAAUUUAUAGUUCUCACUAACACUUUUUGAUAAGUUUUGGACAGGAGUUUAUAAUUUUAACUAAUCUUUAAUUUUCAGGAAAAAAAAUCUUUAGUCUUCCUAGUACUCUGUCCCUUAUUGCAGAGAUAAGCUAGUAUAACUUCACUACAGUGAGUUAUUGUUGCAUAGAGAUUAUUUUCCUGGGUUUGAAUGUGUUAUAAUAGAAAGAUUUCUUUUUAAAAAAAAAUAUUUGCAUUUAUGUUCAACUAUUUAAGGGAUUGUGCUUAGUUUAUUUUACCUGACCAGCUUUAAGGAUCUGCCCGUAAAGAUAAACAGAAGCAGUCUGUGAAGUGUACCUGCCUGAUGCUACACAGAAGCUGCAUUUGGGGUGUUGCUGCCCCUGGGACUUUUAACUGUGGUUUAGGUUAGUGGAAUGUAUAAAAUCAAGAAGAGAAUAAAAAAGAAGAAAUAACUGAACAUUAUCAUAGUAGAAAAUUCAGAAGUAAUGGUUGUCUGAGUGAAAUUGGUUUUAAGGGCAAACUGAAUUUGUUUUAGAUAGUGCAUAUGCUUUCUGUUGUAUGAAAUCAUUUAAAUCAGCUUUUACAUGAUGCACUAAUGCUGCUUUUUCUUUUUGAAUAAAUUACAUUUAUCUGCACAGAUGUUGAAAAUUCUGCUCAACCUCCAUCAAAGCUUUGCUUUAUUUGUUUUUACAUUAAACAAAUUUAUGUGGGGACAUACAGAUAAAUCAGGUUAGGCUUGUAUUUGUUUAUUUCUUUACCUAAUGCUGUGACAUAACAGGUUGGAAAGCAGUACAGCUGUCUUUAAUCAAAGCUUUGACCUUAUCUUUAUAUACUGCCAUCUUUAGGAAUCUUUGUAUUAGAAUGAGCAUGAAAUAAGCCAGAAAAGUGUACAUACUGCACUAAUUUCAUUACAUGGUAUUGAACAAGCUUUGCCAUCACAGAAAUUACACUGUGUCACUAUUUUAAACACUGAAAGCAGAACAUUAAAAAAAAUUAAGACUACUUUGUUAUUCCUACUUGUAU